AUAACUUCAUCUUUUGUUUCUUCCUCUCAAUCAGUAACAAGAGCAUGGAGGUGAAUUUCGAGUCUUUUCCUUCCCUUGAAAAACCAGAAGCUGAGGCUGAGGUAGAAGAAAGCAUGCACUUUCAAAAGUCUCUUCAGGAGCUAAGAGAAUUACGGUCUCAGCUUCACCAUGCUGCAGAUUAUUGUGAAACAACUUUCUUGAAAAGUGAAGCCAAGAGAGAUGUGAUGGAAAAUACGAAAGAAUACAUAUGCAGGGCUGUAGUCACUGUAGUUGAUCAUCUUGGAAGCGUCUCGGCCAAUCUUGAAGGCCUUAUUUCUCAAACAAAUGCAUUUUCUGAGGCUGAGUCACGAAUCCAAUGCCUCAAACAAAGGCUUUUCUCGUGUGAACAAUAUGCUGAUAAGCUUGCCCUCACAAAAAUGCGAUGGAGGGAGAAAGUGCCAAGAUUCCAUUCUCGAUAUUUAUCAUCACCACCCAUCCUUGAGAGAUUAAGCUGUGAAAAAUUAAGAGAUUCUAAAACUGAAGUUACCUCAAAAAUUGAAGAUAAACACAUACUGGAGACACAAGAGGAUUUGCCACUUUUUAUGUACACCCAGAAGCAACAUGCCCCUAGGAAUCUGAAGCCAAUCAAUGUUACUACGGUUAACGAGCAUAACAAUUUGACCAUGGUGGUGCCUGUUCGUGAUGGUUUGUCAGUCUUAACAAAAGUGUCAAAUCCUACAUUUCAUUUCCAAGGUACCCCAAAGGUUACACGCCAUAGAAGAUCCUUCCAUGGCAGUGACAUUUUAUGGCUGAUACGGCGUACUAAACGAACACAAUGAAAAACUAUAGAGCCUAAUGCUUCAUGUAACUACUAGUCCUAAGUAUUCAUGCUGCUGGUGGUUUAUCUUUUUCAUGU